CACUCCUCCUCCUCUCCCUCUCCCCUUCCUUUCUCUUUGGAAGCUUCUCCACCCACCCGGCCAGGCGGUUUGCGCCCCGGUCACGAGGCGCCGCACGGGCCCGACCGGAGGAGCGGGGAGAGGGCCAAGCGAGCGGGUGGAGCUCCCGGAUCGAUCGGGGAAGUCUCCGCUGACGCGAGGAUCUCGAUCGCUCGCUCGCGGGGAGCGAGGAGCCGCCCGGGAGCGCGCGGCCGGGGCCGGGCGGUUGGCUGAUCCCUCGGCCUCCUUCCAUGCUCGUGGCGGCCGGACCAGUUCGUCCGUCGAGCCGGGAUCGCUGCUGCUAAGUGCAGCCAGAGGCGCAGGAGAAGGAAGAGUCACUGAGGCAGCUUCAGCGACGCCGCCACCCACGCAGUAAUGGACGGCCACCACUUGCCGCCCUCCCACCAAUCGCCGCCGGCGCAGCCGGAGCGGCGCGGCAGCUUCAACUACGACAUCGAGAGCACGGACGCCGCAUGGCGCGGCGCGCACACGGCGUCGGAGGCGCUGCUGCGGUACGACGACGACGGCCCGCGGGAGCCGCUGCUGCGGAAGCGCACCACGAACACUACCUCCCAGAUCGCCAUCGUCGGGGCCAACGUCUGCCCCAUCGAGAGCCUCGACUAUGAAAUUGUGGAAAACGACCUUAUCAAGCAAGAUUGGAGAUCAAGAAAGAAGAAGCAAAUAUUCCAGUAUAUUGUUCUGAAAUGGUCUUUAGUUCUUCUCAUUGGCUUGUGUACGGGACUUGUUGGCUUCUUCAACAACCUUGCGGUUGAAAACAUUGCUGGGUUCAAACUGUUGCUCACAGGUGAUCUAAUGCUCAAGAAGAGGUACUUCACAGCCUUUCUGGCAUAUGGAGGCUGCAAUUUAGUCUUGGCAGCCAGUGCUGCAGCAAUCUGCGCUUACAUAGCUCCUGCUGCUGCUGGGUCUGGUAUCCCUGAAGUUAAAGCAUACCUUAACGGAAUUGAUGCUUACGCUAUACUAGCUCCUAGUACACUCUUUGUGAAGAUAUUUGGUUCAAUACUUGGAGUUUCAGCUGGUUUUGUACUUGGAAAGGAAGGUCCGAUGGUACAUACAGGAGCAUGCAUUGCAAACUUGCUUGGUCAAGGGGGGUCACGCAAGUACCAUCUUACAUGUAACUGGCUCAGAUAUUUUAAGAACGAUAGAGAUAGGCGGGAUUUGAUUACUUGUGGGUCUGCUGCUGGAGUUGCAGCAGCAUUCCGUGCACCUGUUGGCGGUGUGCUCUUUGCUCUUGAGGAAGCAGCAUCUUGGUGGCGAAGUGCUCUCCUGUGGAGAACAUUCUUUACAACUGCUGUUGUUGCUGUUGUAUUGAGGGGCCUGAUCGGGUUCUGCCGUAGUGGAAAAUGUGGUCUCUUUGGUCAAGGAGGGUUGAUUAUGUUUGAUCUUAGCGCAACGAUACCUACUUACAGUACCCAAGAUAUCAUUGCAAUUAUUGUUCUUGGGAUCAUCGGAGGGGUAUUUGGAGGCUUGUUCAACUUUCUCUUGGAUAGGAUUCUCCGCGCCUACAGUUUUAUCAAUGAGAAAGGUGCUCCAUACAAGAUCCUUCUUACAAUCACAAUAUCGAUUAUCACAUCAGCAUGCUCCUAUGGGCUCCCUUGGCUCGCUCCAUGCACUCCGUGCCCAGCUGAUGCCAUGGAGCAAUGCCCCACCAUUGGACGCUCUGGGAAUUAUAAGAAUUUUCAGUGCCCACCAGGUCACUACAACGGUCUUGCAUCACUUUUCUUCAACACAAAUGACGAUGCCAUCCGCAAUCUGUUCAGCAGUGGCACCGAGAAAGAAUUCCACAUGUCCACUCUGUUUGUCUUCUUCACUGCCAUUUACUGCCUUGGUCUUGUGACAUACGGUAUUGCUGUCCCAUCUGGUCUUUUCAUCCCUGUUAUACUUGCUGGGGCUACAUAUGGGCGCAUAGUGGGGACGCUUCUUGGUCCAAUAUCAGACCUUGAUCCUGGACUCUUUGCACUUCUCGGUGCGGCAUCUUUCCUCGGUGGAACAAUGAGGAUGACCGUCUCAGUUUGUGUGAUACUUCUGGAGCUCACAAAUGACCUCCUUAUGCUCCCGUUGGUCAUGCUCGUUCUUCUGAUAUCGAAGACUAUAGCCGACAGCUUCAACAAAGGAGUUUAUGACCAGAUCAUAGUGAUGAAAGGCAUGCCAUUCCUGGAGGCUCAUGCCGAACCCUACAUGAGGCACUUGGUUGCUGGUGAUGUUGUAUCCGGGCCACUGAUCUCCUUUUCAGGCGUUGAGAGAGUGGGGAACAUUGUUCAGGCGUUGAGGAUCACAGGCCACAAUGGAUUUCCAGUGGUGGAUGAGCCACCCCUAUCAGAGGCUCCAGAGCUCGUUGGACUCGUGCUUAGGUCCCAUCUGCUGGUCCUGCUGAAAGGCAAGGGCUUCAUGAAAGAUAAGGUGAAAACCAGCGGUAGCUUCGUGCUAAAAAAGUUUGGUGCCUUUGAUUUUGCCAAGGCUGGGUCUGGAAAAGGUUUGAAGAUCGAGGACCUGGAUUUCACAGACGAGGAAAUGGAUAUGUAUGUUGAUCUCCAUCCAAUUACAAAUACCUCACCGUACACGGUGGUUGAGACCAUGUCACUUGCGAAGGCUGCAGUCCUUUUCCGGGCACUAGGAUUGAGACACCUGUUGGUUGUGCCGAAGACCCCAGGGAGACCACCUAUCGUUGGGAUCCUGACGAGGCACGAUUUCAUGCCGGAGCACAUUCACGGGGUGUUCCCGAACCUCCACAAGUCACACUAAGGAAGCAUUCAGUAUAUGUUUGUUUGCUAUUUCUUGCCUUGUAGCUUAGCUGUAUGCAGAGAAAGCUGCCUUGCGCAAUAUUUGGUGCCCCCACCUGGCAUUUUGUUUGCCCUUUUGUAUUUUUUACGGAGUACUCCAAAAUCUUAAAACUGUGGAAUAAUAUUGUAUUCGUUGUAAAGAGCUGAUCCCUCACAUCAGCAAUUGAAUGGAUUUUUGCAGCCCAUCAUCUUGUA